AUGCCAUCAAAGCUGUCAUUCAAAGGCGAGAAGCCAAAGAAGAGAAAGAGAACUGCAGGUGAAGACGCCCUCGACCGUCCCUCCGCGAAACCCACAAAACCCCAGAUAGAGGAUGAACCAGAAGAGCAGGAGGAUGGAUGGGUCGAUGCGCGGCUAUUGGAGGAAUUGAAUGGACCCGUGUUGAUUGCGUUCGCGGGACAUACACCCGUUGCCUUGGCGGCGGACACGGCUGGCAAGGUGUUUGUUUCGAACUUGGACAGUCCGGCGACGAGUAUGGAGCCGCAUGAUGUACGGCAAGUCUUUGUCGCUGCCGAAAUCGCCGGGUCGAAGAAGUAUUCUUUGAAGAGCGCACAGGGGAAAUACCUGUCAUGCGACAAGUUUGGUCUGUUAUCAUGUGUAAAGGAGGCAAUUGGACCGCAAGAGACGUGGACGCCAAUAUUAAAGACAGAUGGGGAUGGGUGGUGUUUCCAGAAUGCGUACGAGAAGUUCCUGAGUUGUGAUGAGAAUGCAAAGGGUGGGACUAUGGAGAUCAGAGGUGAUGCGGAGAGUGUUGGGUUUUGCGAGACGUUCAAGCUACGGAUUCAAGCGCGGUUUAGGAAGCGGGAGGUCAAAGAGACGGGCAAGACAGACAGAAUAUCGACUGCGGAACUGGAAAAGUUGGCUGGACGCAAACUGAAGGAACACGAGAUCAAGAAUUUGAAAAAGGCAUACAGGGAAGGCGGGUUUCAGGAGGCAUUGCUCGAUGUCCGCGUAAAGGGCAAGAGUGAUAAAUUUGCAGCUUUUUAA